GUCCUGGCGGAUUUAGGCGGCCUCUGCAUUCGCCUGUGCGAGUUUCCGCACAUUGUCAUUGGGUCCUGACGGGCUGAGGCGGCCGUGGCGUGUGCCUGCUUACUGUGCUGCUGUCUCACAGGGAGUCUCCGGGAUCAACAUGUCAGAGGAAACCGAACGCUCCGAUGGCCGCAUUGUUAAGAUGGAGGUGGAUUAUAGCAGCACCGUGGAUCAGCGGCUGCCCGAGUGCGAGAAGAUGGCUGGGGAAGGUCGCUUACAGGAAGUGGUCGAGAUCCUCCUCUCCCUGGAGAAACAGACGAGAACAGCUUCUGACAUGGUGUCGACCUCCCGAAUCUUGGUGGCAGUAGUUAAGAUGUGCUACGAAGCCAAAGAGUGGGACCUGCUCAAUGAGAACAUUAUGCUUCUGUCUAAGAGGAGGAGUCAGCUCAAACAGGCUGUAGCCAAGAUGGUCCAGCAGUGCUGUCAGUAUGUGGAGGAGCUCACAGACCUGCCCAUCAAACUGCGCCUCAUUGACACACUCCGCACGGUUACAGAGGGAAAGAUCUACGUGGAAAUUGAGCGCGCUCGCCUAACCAAAACACUCGCUGCUAUCAAGGAACAGAGCGGAGAUGUUCAGGAGGCUGCCUCCAUUCUGCAGGAGCUACAGGUGGAGACGUAUGGGUCAAUGGAGAAGAAGGAGAAGGUGGAGUUCAUACUGGAGCAGAUGCGCUUGUGUCUGGCCGUUAAGGAUUAUAUCCGAACCCAAAUCAUUAGCAAGAAGAUAAACACCAAGUUCUUCAAGGAGGAGAACACAGAGAAACCUAAGCUGAAGUAUUACAACUUAAUGAUCCAAGUGGACCAGCACGAGGGGUCUUACCUGUCUAUAUGCAAGCACUACCGGGCCAUCUAUGAUACCCCCUGUAUCCAGGCAGAGAGUGACAAAUGGCAGCAUGCCCUGAAGAGCGUGGUGCUGUAUGUCAUUCUGUCUCCGUACGACAACGAGCAGUCCGACCUGGUCCAUAGGAUCAGUGCUGAUAAAAAACUGGAGGAUAUUCCCAAAUACAAGGAUUUGCUAAAACUCUUCACCACAAUGGAGCUGAUGCGCUGGAGCACGCUGGUAGAGGAUUAUGGGAAGGAGCUGAGGGAAGGCUCCCUGGACAGCUCGGCCACCGAUGUGUUUUCCUGCAGCGAGGAGGGCGAGAAGCGCUGGAAAGAUCUCAAGAACCGGGUGGUGGAACACAACAUAAGGAUCAUGGAGAAAUAUUACACCAGGAUCACUAUGAAACGCAUGGCGCAGCUGCUCGACCUCUCCGUUGAUGAGUCGGAGGAGUUCCUGUCCAGCCUGGUUGUGAAUAAGACCAUAUACGCCAAGGUGGACAGGUUGGCCGGAAUCAUAAACUUCCAGAGGCCCAAGGAUCCCAAUGAUCUUCUCAACGAUUGGUCCCAAAAACUGAACUCCUUGAUGGCUUUGGUGAACAAGACCACUCACCUCAUAGCGAAGGAAGAGAUGAUCCACAAUCUGCAGUGAGCCGCGGGGGGUGUGUGGCUCAGUAGGGGGGCCCAGCAGUGCAUGUAGGGCCGGGCGUAGCAUUCACGUGGCUCGGCGGCGCCGCUCUGCAGGGCAGGAAUAGGAUCUGUAUAAUAUAUUUUUUAUGUUCCUUUCUAAGUGUAACAAUACGGAAUGGCUUUUUGUGUUAUAAUAAAAUACUAAUGUCCUCUUGGGUCGUCCCUAUGAGGGUCCUGUA